AAAAAACAAACGGAUGUGCAUCAGAAAACGAAACGGCUACCGCCCUCCAGAUCAUUUUAAUGCCAAGAUUGAGAGGUCUGCGGCCUGCGGGGGGAUGACAUGCAUGUGUCCAGGCAUUUAACAUCAUUGAGGAUUUUAAGACUAGGCUGCCCUCCGCCAAGCCAUGAUGGACAUUCUGUACACAGGCCCUGUCCCGGCAGACCGCGAGUCUCCGAUGACGCGGAGCGAGACGUCCCCCAGCCAUGCCCAGCAUCCCUCGCCCACACAGAAACCCAACACCUGCUGCUUCUGCUGGUGCUGCUGCUGUAGCUGCUCAUGGAGUGAAGAUGACAAGCACGAGCGGAGGAAAGCCCAGGAGACCAAGCUGGAGCCCUUUCUAUGUGAACCAUGCCCCAAACCGACGAUAGAGGAGAUAAAACAGUGGGCGCAGUCUUUCGAUAAGCUGAUGAAGAACCCAGCAGGGAGGAACAAGUUCCGUGAGUUCCUGCGGACGGAGUACAGUGAGGAGAACAUGCUUUUCUGGCUGGCCUGCGAGGACCUGAAGAAGGAGAUCAACAAGAGUGCCAUCGAGGAGAAGACUCGUUUGAUCUACGAAGACUACAUCUCCAUCCUCUCAUCCAAAGAGGGUUUAUCCUAUAAUCACAUCUGA